AUGUUGUCCUUCGCCCAGCUCGCAAAGCGCUCCGUCGCAGGAGGUCUCAGGAGGCAAGCUCUAGCUGCCCGAUCCAUCCGAACUUCUGCCCCCAACGCGGCUCUCAGCAAGUUCGGCAUGCCUGCCAUGUCUCCCACCAUGACUGAGGGUGGUGUCGCCGAGUGGAAGCUGAAGGAGGGCGACUCUUUUGCUGCUGGAGACGUCCUUAUCGAGGUCGAGACCGACAAGGCCACUAUUGAUGUUGAGGCUCAGGAGGAUGGUAUCUUGGCCAAGAUCAUCAUUCAAAACGGUGGCAAGGGUAUCCCUGUCGGUACCCCCAUCGCUGUCCUUGCUGAGGAGGGUGACGACCUCUCAAAGGUUGACGCUUUCGCUGCCGAGUCUGAGGCUGCCGCCCCCAAGGAGGAGGCUCCCAAGGAGGAGAAGAAGGAGGAAAGUAAGGCUGCCACCACCCCUGCUGUCGGUACCCCUGGCGAGCAAAAGUACGGCGCUGGCGACCAACAAGCCUCCCCCGCCAAGGUCCCCGAGCACCCCAGCCAGGGCGACAGGCCCAAGUUCUUUGCCAGCCCCCUCGCCCGGAAGAUUGCUUUGGAGAAGGGUAUCCCCUUGGGCGAGAUCAAGGGUACCGGUCCCCAGGGUAGGAUCGUCGAGGCUGAUGUGCAAAAGUACAAGCCUUCUGCCUCAUCGUCCUCUGCUGCUGCCCCCGCCCCCGCCGCUGCUCCUGCCGCCGACUAUGAGGACAUUCCCGUUUCCAACAUGCGUAGAACCAUCGGCAAGCGAUUGAGCGAGAGCAAGCAACAGCUUCCCCACUACUACGUCACCGUCGAGGUCAACAUGGGCAAGUCGAUGUUUUUGAAGCUCAGGGAAGUCUUCAACAAGGCUGGCGAGGGCAAGACCAAGCUUUCCGUCAACGACUUUGUUGUCAAGGCCGCUUCUUUGGCUCUUGCCGAGGUUCCCGAGGCCAACUCUGCUUGGCUCGGCGAGACCAUCCGUCAGCACAAGAAGGCUGAUAUCUGCAUCGCCGUCGCCACCCCCAACGGUCUCAUCACCCCUAUCGUCAAGGACGUUGGCGCCAAGGGCCUCGCCACCAUCUCCGCCGAGACCAAGGCUCUCGCUCUCCGUGCCCGAGACGGCAAGCUCAAGCCUGAAGAGUACCAGGGCGGUUCUUUCACCAUCUCCAACCUCGGCAUGUUUGGUGUUGACCAGUUUACCGCCAUCAUCAACCCUCCUCAGUCUUGUAUCCUUGCCGUCGGCAAGACCUCUACCAAGCUCGAGCUUGCGCCUGAAGACCCCAAGGGUUUCAAGGCUGUGCAAGUCAUGAAGGUGACUUUGAGCGCGGACCACAGGACGGUGGAUGGUGCUGUCGGCGCCAGGUGGUUGAAGGCUUUCAGGGAGUACUUGGAGCAGCCCCUUUCUUUCAUGCUCUAA